UGGCCGCUCCGACGGCGAGACCCGGCCCCGCCGGGCGGCUGCUCCCGGUGACAUUCGCCCGCCCGCGCCUCCCGGGGCGGCCGGUGCUGCCCGCGGCUCCGGCACCAUGGACCGGCUGAGCGUGCUGGACCAGCUCCUGCCAGAGCUCAGUGUGUUGCUCAAGCUGCUGGACCACGAGUACCUGAGUGCCACCACGCAGGAGAAGAAGCUGGCCGUGUCCACCAUCCUGCAGAAGCUGCAGCCGCCCGCAGGAAAGGACAUGGACUACAUGUAUGUCAACACAGCAUCCCUGAGCAAUGGCACCAGCUUCGUGGAGUCUCUCUUUGAGGAGUUUGACUGUGACCUGCGGGACCUCCAGGACAUGCAGGAGGACGAGGGGGACACCAGUGAAGGUGCUGGAGGGGAGGAGAUGGCGAAGACCCAGAUGGUGAAACCUGCUCCUGUGGACCCUGCCCCACCACUGCCCACCACUCCCCCGCCUGAGGAUUACUACGAGGAAGCCCUGCCCCUGGGCCCCGGCAAGGCCCCCGAGUACAUCACCUCCCGCAGUGAGUGCUGCUCUCCCCCCAACUCAAUUGAGGAUGGCUAUUACGAGGAUGCAGACAGCAGCUACCCUGUCACCAGGAUGAAUGGGGAGCAGAAAACCUCCUACAAUGACUCGGAUGCGAUGAGCAGCUCUUACGAGUCGUACGAUGAGGAGGAGGAAGAGGGGAAGAGCCAGCAGCUCACACACCAGUGGCCGUCAGAGGAAGCCUCCAUGAACCUAGUGAAGGACUGCAGGAUUUGUGCUUUCCUGUUGCGCAAGAAGCGCUUUGGACAGUGGGCCAAGCAGCUCACCAUCAUACGGGACAGCAAACUGCUGUGCUACAAGAGCUCCAAGGACCGUCAGCCGCACGUGGAGGUGCCUCUGGGCUCCUGCAAUGUCAUCUACGUGCCCAAGGACGGGCGGCGCAAGAAGCACGAGCUGCGGUUCUCACUGCCGGGGGCCGAGGCACUGGUGCUGGCUGUGCAGAGCAAGGAGCAGGCUGAGGAGUGGCUCAAGGUGAUAAAGGAAGCCAGCAGUCCAGCCACAUGUGGGGUGGAAGUCCCCACCUCCCCAGUGAUGCCUUGCAAGCUGGACCUGGAUAAGCGUCUGUCACAGGAGAAGCACACCUCCGACUCAGACAGCGUGGCUACGGGUGAGACCAGCUCCACAGCAGCGCGCAGAGAGCCUGGCGAGCAUGGGAAGAGCAAAAAGAGUGGCUUGGCUGACCUGAAGGGCUCAAUGAGCCGUGCAGCAGGGAAGAAGAUCACCAGGAUCAUCAGCUUCUCCAAGAAGAAGCCUUCCCCCGAGGACACACAGACCUCCUCCACCGAGGAGGACAUCCCCUGCUGCGGCUACCUCAGCGUCCUGGUUAACCAGUGCUGGAAGGAGCGUUGGUGUCGCCUCAAGGGCAACACCCUCUACUUCCACAAGGACCGCACCGACCUGCGGACACAUGUGAACGCCAUCGUGCUCCGGGGCUGCGAGGUGGUCCCGGGGCUGGGCCCCAAACAUCCCUUUGCCUUCCGCAUCCUUCGCAACGGGCAGGAGGUGGUGGCGCUGGAGGCAAACUGCUCCGAAGACCUGGGCCGCUGGCUGGGUCUCCUCUUGGUGGAGACGGGCUCACAGACAGCACCAGAGGCCCUGCACUACGACUAUGUGGAUGUGGAGACCAUUGCCAACAUAGUGACGGCUGUGAGGCACUCCUACCUGUGGGCCAGCUCCUCCCAGGACCACCAGCCAGACUCCUCCCGUGUGGUGUACGAUGAUGUCCCCUACGAGAAGGUUCAGGCUGAGGAGCGGCCCGCAGGCGCACAGGUCAAGCGCCAUGCAUCCUCCUGCAGUGAGAAGUCGCGGCGGGUGGACCCACAAGUGAAGGUCAAGAGGCAUGCGUCGAAUGCCAACCAGUAUAGGUACGGGAAGAACCGGGCGGAGGAGGAUGCCAGGCGAUUUCUGACAGAGAAGGAGAAGCUGGAGAAGGAGAAAGCAUCGAUCCGCAGCGAGCUGGUGCUGCUGCGGAAAGAGAGGCGAGAGUUGCGAGAAGCCAUGAAGAGCAGCACUGGGCAGCAGCUGCAGGAGCUGGAGCAGCGGGUGGCGGUGCUGGAUGAGCAGUGCCGGCAGAAGGAGGAGGGACGUGUGGACCUGGAGCUGAAGCUGACCGAAGUGAAGGAGCGGCUGAAGCAGUCACUGGCAGGAGGCCCAGCCCUGGGGCUGGCUGUGACCAGCAAGGCUGAGAAUGGGGAAGCUACGAACAAGCCAAAUGGGAGCACCCCUGAGCACUUGGUCCCUGUUAACUGUGCAGCUGAACUGAGGAAACGAAGUCCCUCCAUACUCCCUGCCAACAAGGGGGACGUGCUGCGGAAGGCCAAGGAAUGGGAAAAGAAGCAGACUUAAGCCAGGCUGUGGGAAUGCCUGCCAAGCCCCGAUGGACACUGGGGCUCACGGAGGAGCUACAAGCCCCCUUUCUCCAAGGCGCAUGGGGCAAGAGACACUGUCCCACACCCCACUACUGCAGCACCAUCUGCCUCGUGGGCAACACUAUGAAC